AUGACUGAAUUACAUACAACACAAAAAGGAAGAGAAUCUGUGGAUAAGUUCUUAAUGAGGCUGAAGAAUAUAAGGGAUCAACUUGCUUCUGUAGGAGAAAGAAUUUCAAAUAAUGAUUUAAUGAUUGAUGUGCUAUCUGGUUUACCUGUAGAAUUCGAAAUGAUUAGGACAAUGAUCUUGGCAAGGGAUACAACUCUAUCUUUAAAAGAUUUUAGGGCUCAACUUCUUGUUGCAGAAGGGAGCAUUGAGUCCAAGAUGCAAUCUUUGUUAAGUUUUAUUGCUGCAAUGUGUGUCCAAGGUGAAGGAUCUAACUCUCAGCGAUAUCAGGGCUGUGAACAUGGUGAAAGCUCAAAUACACAAGGAAUGCACAGAGGAUACAAUGGAGAGCAAUUUGGAGAUAGCUUUCAAGGUGGCUCUGGUUUUCUAGGCAAUGGAAAUAACAGGAAUGGCAACACUAAUUACAAUACUAGAAAUAACAGUAACAAUUUCAAGAAGUUUGGGAAUGGAAACAACAACUUUAAGAAUUCAUCUUCCAGAUUUCAUAACAGGAAUGGAAAUUGGGGUAAUAACAAUCACUUUGGGAAUGGAAACAAUAGCUAUUCUGGAAAUGGAAAAGCUCAUCAGAGUGGAGGAAAUGGCUAUUUUGGUAAUAAUUAUGGAAAUGGAAGUUCUUUUUCUGGCAAUGGGAGUCUAAAUGGUGGCAAUGAGAGUUCAAAUAGCUGCUACUCUAAGUCAAAUUGGGCUGGAAAUACUAAUUUAAGUCUUCUGUAUCACCAGAGUGUCAAAUAUGCUCAAGAAGAGGACAUACUACACCAAACUGUUAUUACAUAUCUGAUAAUGGGAAUGUAUAGAGUUCUGGUCCUGUGA